UAUAUGCAUACUAACUCCAGUCUGAAAAGUGUGUUCGGAAUAAAUAUGACAUGUCACAGUAGCCUACUCGUGACUGGCUGUUGACGCUUAAGUCUACAGAUGACCUCUUGACACCUCCAGCAGGAAGCUAGUCAGACCAUGGCCACUGGUGCUGCAGUUGGGGACAGUCAGAUCCAGAGGAUUAUCAGAGAUCUGCGUGAUGCUGUUUCCGAACUGACCAAGGAGUAUCAGGAGAGCGGUGAGCCCAUUACUGAUGACAGCUCCAAUCUGCACAAGUUCUCCUACAAGCUGGAGUAUCUGCUUCAGUUUGACCAAAAGGAGAAAACAACAUUUCUGGGCUCCAGAAAAGACUACUGGGAUUAUUUCAGCGACUGCCUGGCCAAAAUCAAAGGAGCAAAUGAUGGAAUCCGCUUCGUUAAAUCAAUUUCAGAGCUGAAGACAUCUCUGGGCAAAGGCAGAGCAUUUAUCCGUUACUCUCUGGUGCAUCAGCGGCUGGCAGACACGCUCCAGCAGUGCCUCAUGAACCCCAGAGUCACCAGUGACUGGUAUAAUCCGAGGAGUCCGUUUCUCAAACCCCAUCUCAGCGUGGACAUCAUCAGUUAUCUCUACGAGCUCAAUGAUGUCCAGUUUGAUGUGGCGUCCAGAGGUCAUGACCUUGACGCAGAAUGGCCCACUUUUGCCAGGAGGACAUUGGGAAUGACUAGCUCUCCCAGUCACAUGUGGAAGGCACCGAGUCGUAGUUCCAGCAUCAACAGUCUGGCCAGCACAUACUCGCAGCAGCACCAUGAGUUCCCUGGGAGUCCAGACUUUGGACCUGGGCUUUUAUCAGAUAUGUCUAUGCAAAACUCCAGCGGACUGAAUGAUACCUCAAUGAGUGCUAUAGACGAACUCCGUCUGGAGCUUGACCAAUCUGAAUUAAAGCAAAGAGAGCUUAUUGACCGGAUUCAGCAGUUAGGUGAUGAGGGGAGUGAACUGCGUGGAGUUGUAGUGGAACUGCAAAGGCAGCUAGAUGUUUCUUUAGCGGCCCAAGGUAACCAUCAGGAGCUACAACGUAACCUGGAGGUCUUAAUUGAGAGCGAACAUGCCCUAUCCCGUGAGGUGGAGAUCUUGAGGGAUCAAGAAACCAGGAGGGAGGCCUCCCAUAAAGACCUUCAGGACAUGCUUUCAGCAGCGGAGCGUAAAAAUGAGGAGCUGAUGACAAGGCUAGAUGGAGUAUUAGAUGAGAAAGGUCAAAGGGCAGCCAGUGAUUUCAACUCUGCCCAGAAGAUUCAUGAGCUUUUGAAUGAAUUAAAAGAGGCUGAGAAGAGGAGGAUGGAUGCUCUGGCUGAAGGAGAAGAGAAGAGGAGGCAUGCUGAAGAUCUUGCAGAGAAAGUCAAAAUUAAAGAUAAAGCACUCAAAGAGGCUGAGGUGAAGAUGGAAGCUUGGAUGGAGAAGGGUGAACAACUGCAAACAAGGGCGGAGGAGCAGCGUAAUUUCAUGGAGAAACUUCAAGGUGCACUUGCAGUGCGAGAGAAAGAGACCAGCAACCUGCAGAGGCAACUACGAGAUCUUCAGAACUCUCUGGAGAACAUGGAAAAGCAGGCCAAUGUGGAGAAGAAGGGGAUGCAAGAUGAUAAAGAAGAGCUUGAGAUGAAAAUGAGUGGUCUAGAGGGGCUGUUACAAUCACUUCGGACACAGUUGAAGGUUAAAGAGUCUGAUCUUCUCUCCAGUACCAAGAGAGUUCAUUUUCUGGAGAAGGAAUCAGAGAAGCUUAGGAGCGAGAAGCAGACAUUGGAGUCUGAAUUGGAGAACAGCAUUAAAAAGGAGGCCAAGAAGAUUGAUGAAUACAAGGAUAGCUGUGCCAAGCUUAUUGAGCAAAACACUAAGCUUCUGCAGACAGUGAAUAAGAAUGAGGAGAGCAAGAAAGAGUUGCUUGAAAACAAAACGUCCUUGGAGAGCGAGUUGGUCGGAUUGAGGGCCUCAGAGAAGCAGUUACGAGCUCAAAUCAAUGAUGCCAAAGUGACUGUGGAUGAGCGAGAGCAGCGGAUGAGAGAGGAGAACAGAAAUCUGGAUGAGAGCCUGCAGAAGGCCAACAUGCAGCUGGAGGAAUCCGAGAGCUCAAUUCGGCAACGGGAGCAGGAGAACAAGGACCUCAUGGAGGUUCAGGUCACUCUUAAAUCAGCUCUCGCAGCCAUGCAGGAAGAGAUACGCAACAUAAACAACCAAAUUGGUGAACUUGAGAAGAAUCUUGGAGUUGCGAGGUGUAACGAAGCAAAUCUGAACGCACAGCUUAAAGAUAAGGACUCCCAGCUGGAAGACCGAGAGAAGCUCUGUGAGGAGCUCCAGGGAAGAGUGGAAGAACUGGAAAGUCGGGAGAGGGAUUUGGAAGUGGAAAAGACGAAAGCGGAAAGAGCCUUUGUUAAACAAACAGAGAUGAUUCAGAGUCUUGAAGCACAGAGAAAGCUCGCAGAGAAGACACAACUUGAGAAAAGCACAUGUCAAGCUAAAGAAACUGAAGAGAUGACCUUAAAAGUGACUCUUCUAGAAGAUCGACUGGGAUUGAGUGUGAAGGAAGUUUCUAAGCUACAAGAGGAAGUGAUCAGUCUCAGGGCUAAGCUUCACAGUGCUGUGGAGGAGAAGGACAAGACGCAAGCAAAGCUUGAGGUCACCGAAGCUUCCUGUGCUGAACUGCGGAUCUUGACUGAGCACUUGAAGAAGCAGGCCGAGGAGCAGAAUCGGCUGCAUGUGAGCGAGCUGCUGCAGUCUAGUGAACAUCUUGAUAAAUUAACUUCACAGCUGAACCAGGAGACCUCAGCACAUGAGAAAGCCACUGCUGCGCUUGCUUCAGCUCAAGAGGAUCUAGUGGAUCUCAAGGCCCAGAAUGAACGGAUGGUCCUGGAGAAUGCAGAGACCAAAGAGAGUCUCCACCGGGUCAACACUGAAAUGGCGGAGUUGGGAAUGACUAUUUGCAAGCUCACCGCUGAGCGGGAAGAGGCCCGGGAACGUUGGGCCGCUGAAGCUGCACACAUCCAAGAACUUCAGCAGCACGGAGUGAAAGAGACAGAGCGACUCAAUGCCAGCUUGGUGGCUUUGCAUCAAGAAAACUCCAGUCUGCAGGAAGAGCUCCAGCAAACAGACAAACUGUCAGAAACCAUGCUGGAGCUGAAGCAGCUGCUGGACAAAACUGAGGGUGAACGGGACGCUGCACGGGAAGAGAUCACCGCUGUGAAAUUUCAGAUGAGCACAGAGAGCAUGUCUCUCAAGCACCAGAUAAAGAGUCUUCAUGAAGAGAUUGACGGUUUGAAAGAUCAGCUAGACACAGAGUUGAAGAAGACAUCAGAGCUGGAGGCCAAAUUAUCUGAACUAGAGGGAGCGAAUGUGGAAUAUUCUCGACUGAUUGAGGAGAAGGACUCGCACAUUACUGACUGUGAGACUUUGCUGCGUGAGAGCGAGUCUGAGACACAGCAACUGCAGGAAAGAGCAUCAAGAUCCAAAGAGGCUCUUAGUGAUGUAGAGAAGGAGAGGGAAGAAUUGAAGCAGAAAUUGGAUCAAGUGUUGAUGGAGACUCAGAACCAGCAUCUCCGUAUGUCUGCUGAGCUGGAAGACCUGGGACAAACUAAAGUCAACCUGGAGGAACGGCUCAUUGAACUUAUUAGAGAUAAGGACGCUCUGUGGCAGAAGUCUGAUGCUCUGGAGUUCGAGCAGAAGCUGAGAGCGGAGGAGCAGUGGUGGUUGGUGGAUAAAGAGGCCACACACUGUCUGGGCUGCCAGGGUCAGUUCACAUGGUGGCUGCGGAGGCAUCACUGCAGAUUGUGUGGCCGUAUCUUCUGCUACUACUGCAGCAACAAUUACGUGAUGACCAAAAACUCAAAGAAGGAGCGCUGCUGUCGAGAGUGUUACACACAACACGGCGCUGUGGUGGAGAGAUUGACAAAGGCUGAACUCAGCAGCUCAUCAGACAAUCAGCCAUCAAACACUGCCGCUCAGCCACCACCGCCACCAUAUAUACCCACACCAAGAGUUACAGUUACAGAUCCUGGUGAGAAAGCGGAUGAUGGAGCGUUUGACAUUAUUACAGACGAGGAAGUAAACCAGAUCUACGACAGCGACUCGCGGACCACCAAUGGAUCACAUGAGGAGGAAGGAGGACAAACUGGAGAUAAUAGCAUAUCAAGUGAUGUGACGCCUGAAGAACAGGAAGACAUCACUUCUAUACAGGAUGCAGAAAUCACCCUCCUCAAGUCAGGAGAGCUCAGUGCCUCUGUGCCUCUGGAUAUAGAUGAGAUUCCUCAUUUCGGCGAUGGCUCUCGUGAGCUGUUUGUCAAGUCCAGUUGUUACAGCACUAUUCCCAUCACAGUGGGCGACCGCGGACCCAUCAUCAGCUGGGUUUUCUCCUCCGAGCCAAAGAGCAUCUCCUUCACUGUGGUCUACAGAGAGACACUUGACACACCUGUCGAGCAGGCCAAGGUUCUGAUUCCCCUCACGCGCUGUAACUCACACAAAGAGACCAUACAGGGACAACUCAAAGUGCGCAACGCUGGAGUCUACACACUCAUCUUCGAUAACUCAUUCUCCAGAUUCCUCUCCAAGAAGGUCAACUACCACCUAACCAUUGAGAAGCCGAUCAUCUACGAUGGAAGUGACUUCCCUUAAAUGCAGUGUUGUGGUGUGUAGUGUCUACAGUAUGUGUAAUACUGACUGUUAAGUUUAUCCUUUAAAUUCAGACCUGUUCCUGUGUGCCAAGGGCUUCGGUUUUACACUUGUAUUUUUUAUUUUAAUGUUUUACCACUGAUAGAAUAGCUGUUAUCUGUUGUGACUGGUGUUAUGAAAGGGUUUCUACAGUUGCAUGAAAGAGGAUUAAUUGCUUUUUGUUGUGUAUUUUAAUAUUAUUAUUGUGGUUUUAGCCGUUUAAAAUGAUUACAGACACUACAGAUGAAUUCAGUUCUUCAGGGCAGUUGAAGCUCACAUGGGUAAAUAUGCAACCACAAUGACACAAUCACAAAUGACCUUUAAAAACUGACAAUUUCAACAUUUGUUUUCAUUUCUAGCUGCUUAUGAUAGAUAAUUUUCUGCAAACAAGGCUUGAGAGGUAUUUGCAGACAUAUCACACUACAUUUUCACUACAGUUGUUCACCAUAAGCUAUAUGAGUUCACCAAGUACACAGAAAUGUGUAAUAUUUUGUCAUAUUAAGGUGUUUUUACAUUAUUUAGAAAAUAUAAUGAAAUGUCACACUGUAUGGUACAAAAACAUACAGUAGCUGCUUUUAAAAACACUAUCUAGUAUUUUUAUUUACUCAAAUCUGGCCAUUCAGAUAAUAUUUCAUGACACAAUCUGUUAGUUUUACUUCUGUUAUGCAUUUCCCACAAAGUAAUCAACCCAAAUGUCGCUAGAAAGACAGCAGUUGAUCUAUAUAACUGCUAACUAUUCUUCUGUGUCGUGUUAUUAAUAUAUAUGCACAAUGGAUGCAGGUACAUGCAAAUACGGCACUUUUUACUUGUCUACGCCAUGCAAUAACUUUUGCAGUACAUUGAAUAAAGCUCCACAUGUUUUGUACUCAUGUAGCACUUGCAUAGAGGAUAUUUUUGUACGCCGUUCAGUUUUGUGAUGUGAUAAAAUUGGUUUACCGAUCAUAUUCGUAAUAUUUUCGGACAUUAGAUUUUAAUAUUAAUAUAUAAUAUAAUCUGUUGAAUGUGCAUUAAUUGAUUUGCAUCAUGAUAGGUCAAUAUUAGUAAUAUAAACACUAUAUACAGUUAGGUCCAUAAAUACUUGAACAUCGACACAAUUUUAACAUUUUUGACUCUAAACACCAACACAAUCGAUUUGAAAUGAACAAGAUGUGCUUUAACUGUGGACUGUCAGCUUUCAUUUGAGGGUAUUUACAUCCAAAUCAGGUGAACACUGUUGGAAUUACAACAGUUUGCAUAUGUGCCUCCCACUUGUUAAGGGUCCAAAAGUAAUUGGACAGAAUAAUAAUCAUAAAUCAAACUUUCACUUUUUUAUACUUGAUUGCAAAUCUUUUGCAGUCAAUUACAGCCUGAAAUCUGGAAUGCAUAGACAUCACCAGACGCUGGGGUUCAUUCCUAGUGAUGCUCUGCCAGGCCUCUACAGCAACUGUCUUCAGUUCCUGUUUGUUCUUAGGGCAUUUUCCCUUCAGCAAGUGAAAUGCAUGCUCAAUCGGAUUCAGGUCAGGUGAUUGACUUGGCCAUAGCGUAACAUUACACUUCUUUCCUUUCAAAAACUCUUUGGUUGCUUUUGCAGUAUGCUUUGGCUCAUUGUCCAUUUGCACUGUGAAGCGCCGUCCAAUAAGUUCUGAAGCAUUUGGUUUAAUAUGAGCAGAAAAUAUUGCCUGAAACACUUCAGAAUUCAUCCUGCUACUUUUGUCAGGAGUCACAUCAACAAAUACAAAAGAAUCAGUUCCAUUGACAGCUAUACAUGCCCACACCAUGUCACUACCACCACCAUGCUUCACUGCUUAGGAUCAUGAGCAGGUUCUUUUCCAUACUCUUUUAUUCUCAUCACUCUGGUACAAGUUGAUAUUGGUCUCAUCUGUCCAUAGCAUCUUAUUCCAGUACUGUAAAGGUUUUUUUUAGAACUCUAAUCUGGCCUUUCUUGUUUUUGUGGCUAACCUAUAGUUUACAUCUAAUGGUGAACCCUCUGUAUUCACUCUGGUGGUCUUCCCUUGAUUUUUGACUUUGACACACAUACACCUCCCUUCUGGAGAGUGUUCUUGAUCUGGCCAACUGUUAUGAAUGGUGUUUUCUUCACCAGGGAAAGAAUUCUUUGGUCGUCCACCAAUUGGUGCUGAGCUCUUUGGUGGAUUCUUUCUAUUUAAGAUUGUUCCACACAGUUGUUUUGGCCAUGCCUAAUGUUUUUGCAAUCCAUCUGAUGGGUUUGUUUUGUUUUUUCAGCCUAAUAAUGGCUUGCUUGACUAAUAGUGACAGCUAUUUGGAUCUCAUCUUGAGAAUUGACUGCAACAGAUUCCAAAUGCAAAUAGCACACUUUAAAUAAUCUCUGGACCUUUUAUCUGCUCAUUGUAAUUGGGAUAAUGAGGAAAUAACACACACCACACACCACCACGGAACAGCUUAGAAGCCAAUUGUCCAAUUACUUUUGGACCCUUAACAAGUGGGAGGCACAUAUGCAAACUGUUGUAAUUCCUACAGCCUUCAGCUGAUUUCCAUGAAAAUACCCUCAAAUUAAAGCUGACACUCUGCAUUUAAAGCACAUCAUUUCAUUUUAAACAGAUUGUGUUGAUGUAUAGAGCCAAAAAUUUUAGAAUUGUGUCGAUGUCCAAACAUUUAUGGAUCUGGCUGUAUAUAGUGUUAAGAAACAAUUUAAACACUAAGAGGGUUCAAUGUGCAUUUCUCAUGUUUUUAUGUAUUUUUAAUCAACUUUGACAGAAAAUAUGCAAGACACGCAUGUUUGUUCAGGUUUAAGAUUCAUGUUUAAUUCUCCCGGUGACAAAGCUGAACUCGACUGCUGCUCUAAAGAAGAUUUGUUUAUAUAUUUUUAUCACAUCUCAAGCUCCUUUUUAAACUAUGUGCAAUUUAAAAUAAUUUCCUAAUAGGUCUUUUUCUUCUUAAAAUGAUAUUUUAAAUCAAUUCAUGAAGUCACAAGUGGAUGUUUUUGCGAAUAAUUCAUGAAUGUCUCUGAAUUUGCUGAUGAUACUUCUGUGAAUCUAUGCAAUCACUACUCAAUGUUUACACAUUGCAAAAAAAUUUAAAUGCAAUAAAUGUUGUAUGAGUUCA